AAAGUAAUAGCCGUAUAACUCGUAAACGAAGGCGAAAUCGAAGAAAUGUUAACGAACUAAACAUCAAUGUUGGGUGAUUAGGAAUGUAUAUUCAAAAGUCAAAACAUCGUUUGUUCAAAGUUUCAGGCAAUUCCAACACAGAAUCUUAAACUGAGUUUGAACUUCCAUUGCUCCAAAAUUGAAACUUGCUGGGCAUUCCGCUACUAAUUUGCGAACUGAGAUUAUACAAAGUGACUACGAUCGGUGAACCACCGAACCGAUUGAUCAUUUGAUGAUUUUGAUCUGCCUCAGUCGUGACUCGUGAGUCGUCAGAAGUCAGUCCCAGUGAUUUUGCUGCAGCUGAGACUUACUAGCUCCUUAUCUCACUUAUCUUAUUACAUUUAUAAUAGAAGAUGUCGGCCUCCCGGAUUUUUGUGGUGACAGGUUCCAAUAAAGGCAUAGGUCUUGCCACUGUCAAGGCUCUGUGUGAAGCAGUUGGCAGUGAGUCCAUUGUCUACCUGACAGCUCGCAGUGUUGAGCGAGGCACCAAGGCAGUGGAGGACCUUGCCAAGUCUGGUCUCAAGCCUCGUUUUCAUCCCCUUGAUGUUGAUGAUGCCUCCAGCAUUGAAACUUUUGCCACAUUCCUCAAGAAGGAACAUGGCGGUCUUGAUGUUCUUGUCAACAAUGCUGCUAUUGCAUACAAGGGCAAUGCUACAGAACCAUUUGGAGUGCAAGCUGAGCACACUAUCCGUGUGAAUUACUUUGGCUUGCAAGCCGUGUGCAAGGCUCUAUUCCCUCUCCUGCGGCCCCAUUCUCGAGUGGUGAAUGUGUCAUCAUGUGUGGGUCAUCUCACCAAAGUGCCCGGAGAAGAACUCCGCAAGAAACUUUCCGACCCAACCCUCACUGAGGAUGAACUUGAUGGCAUCAUGCAUGACUUUGUCAAAGCUGCAGCAGAGAACAAACAUGGUGAGCUGGGAUGGCAGAAUUCAGCUUAUGGUGCCAGCAAGGUGGGGGUGUCUGCGCUGACCAGGAUCCAGCAGCGCAUGCUGGACCAAGACCCGCGGGAUGACAUCGUUGUCAACCACUGCCAUCCUGGCUAUGUUGACACAGACAUGACCUCACACAGGGGCGUGUUGACCGUCGAGCAGGGGGCGGUGUGCCCUACAUACCUGGCGCUGCUGCCUCCCAACGUGUCCUCCCCUCGUGGGGAGUACCUCUGGUACGACAAGCAGGUUGUUGACUGGGUGGACGCAUCCCUGCCUCCUCCAGGUUACUGAGUUCCUCAGCCCUGUCUCCUCACAGUUACUGAACUCCUUAGCCCUGCUACCUCCCGUUUACUGAGCUCAGCCUUCACUGCUUUCAUUGUGUACUUUAGUUUUUUCUUCCAGAUCAUCCGAUGUGCACAUGACUAAUUUUUUUAAAGAAAGCACAUUGUUUUGCAAGUUUUUGCUGAAAUUCUUCUAUUUUUGUUCACCACUUCUGCGCAUCAAAAUUCAAUAUGGCCUGCCUAUGAAGUAUUUUAGUGAACCAUCGACCCCAAUACUUAUAAGAUUUUCAGCAAAAUUUGAAGGCUUGAAAUUAUUUCCAUAUAUGAGUUUCCAGGCUCGAUAAAUCCCUCAAGAAGGAAAAAUAUUUACAAUACACUUAGUGGUAUAUUCCAGCUAAGACUGGUUGACAUUAUAUUGAUUGUUGAAUGAAAGAGGUCACAAAAUAUGAACCAUUUCCAUGUUACCCAUUAAAUCUUGCAAUAUCUUGUUGAAUGAUCGGUAAUCAAUUUUUAGUUUUUCACUACACUGUGGAAAUAGUUAUGUUAUGUAUACCUAAAUUCAGAGUAUUUUAUACACUUAUUGGUGUAGUAGUAUAUUGAUAGUGAAAAAAUGUAAUCUGGAGAUGAGAGCUCACAAUUGAAAAAAUUGAAAUUGAAACCAUCCGUAAUUAUUACGUAUCGUCACAGAUUAUCGGAAAAUAAAGAAUAGAAAGCCGUUGCAAUGUAUCAGUUAAAAAUAUUUUGAAAAAUAGUUCAGAAAAAUGAUUGAAUAAUUAUCAUCGAACGCUUAUUUAUCUUUGUACCAGCCAGGGAAAGUUCAAAUGUUCAUGAUUGAUUAAACUCUUGUAUUAAGGUUUUUAAGGUAAGGUAAGGUCUUGUAUUAAGCUCAUCGAAAAUACGUGACAUCGGAAAGUUUCAAACAUUCCUUAUUAUGUAUAUUUUUUCAAUUCCUGAGCUAACUUUUAAUCACUUCGAGAAAACUGUUGCCAUCAAGUAAGAAAUCGUGCAAGAUUUUGCUCUCGAUUACAGGACUGGUUAAUGUUCGUGGGUGUGAUUCCUGUUCCACUAUAUGUAAUUAUUGACUUGAGAGUUCACCGUCACACUGUAGCACUCAGAGAAAAAAAUGACUUUUGUCCGAAUGGCAGUGCACUUUUUGCCCUCGUGCGAGUCAACAUGGCCUACUUUUGCCCGGCUUGAGGGUAUGCGAAUGCUACGUUUGCUCACUGCUUAGCUUAUGCUCUGAGUGAGGAAGGGAGUCACUAUUAGGACAAUUUGACUCCUUCAUGUGUCUGAGUUAUAUGAUGUUGAUACUGAUAAGUGUUAUCAGGGAACAGUUCCUGUGUUCGUUUGAUUUGCACAAAAACUUAAUUGUAUUCAUCUGGAUAGGUUUUCGAAUUUUUUCCCCCAAAACAGUCGCGUUUAAUUAAGCGACGGGGCAUUACUGCGAGUGUCCAGAUUUCAGGUACAUUUUUUAUCGUCCUGUGCUUCACUCUAUAUUUCACAUUGACAAACGUUGACUUGAAAUAUUUCAGUUCUCUAGAACUAUAUCUUUUUUGUUCACUUAUUUGUUAUUGUACGGAUAGACUUUGUGCCUCUGUAGUACCAUCUUUUCUGUUCAUUCGUUUUUACUAUGCGGAUAAACUUUGUGCCUCCGUAGUAGAUUCUUAUAAAAAAUAGUAUUAAUGAAGACGCUAUCCGAUACGAGUUAUUAGUAGCACUCAUUUUGCACGUUGUGCCUUACAGAAAUAAAAUGUAGUGAAAUUA